AAUGCGUUGAAGUCGACCCAUGACCGCAGCAUCGCCGAUCACCUGACGCCGGGCGACCGGGCACUGCUCUGGCUCUGCUACAUCCACCUGACGGAGUUUGAGCGGCUGCCGGCGGCCCUGUUGGACCCGGUGGAGUCCGGCUCAUCCAGACUGGUCAGCAGAGAGUCCUUCCUGCUGCCCUGGAGGACGCCGCAGGACGUCAGCACGCCACCACACAUCCUCAUCGCACUCUUCCAAGACGCCAUCCGUCAGUGCAGCGAUGAGUCUGAGUCUCAGAGUGAGAGGACACUGGCCUGCCUUCCUCUUCACACCAACCUCAUCUUCCUGAACCAGCUGCUGGACAGGCUGGACGAGGGUGUGGCUCUGUGCGAGUCCUUGCUGACGUGCUGUCCCGAGUCAUGCGCCCUGCGGGACGCUCUGGCAGAGCUGCACAUGAGGAGAGGGGACGCAGAGCAGGCGGUCAGCGUGUGGCUGCACGCUCUGGCCGAGUGUCCCGACAACGCAGAGGUCUUUUACCACUGCUGCAAGUUCCUCAUGACCCAGGACAAAUCGAGCGCCAUCGCCCCGCUGUUCAGAGGCUUCGUCCUGUCGCUUUGUGACGACCAGCAGAGUCAGAGGAAACCCGUGGACGUCCUGCGGUGAGUUGAGAUUAGCUGAUGAUGGUGAUGAUGAUG